UGUAGAUCACCAUGCCUAGAAAGGAGUCCAAGUUUGUCAACGACCACUUCAGCAAGCCCUGGAUUCAACCUAUGCUUGCGACCUUUGACCCGAUCAAGUUUGACUUCAUGGUGAAACCAGAGCAUGUUGUGGCGCAGAUCAUCAACAUCAAGGAGGGAUGUCGAGAGAGCUUGGGAGAGAUAGACCACGAUGAUUAUGCAUCUGCAGACCUUCAUGACAGCCAUGUCAGGGCUAGUGCUGUAUUUACUAAGGAGGCCAUUGAGGAGUUUGAAAAGUACGAAGAGUCCCUAAGUGGAUGUGAAUUUGAGCAUCUCCCAAAUUCCAUCUUGCUUUUGAAGAAGUUCCGAAUCAUCCCGAAGAUUACAGAUCAGCUGUGUGAUUGUAACCUGGUUAUAUGCAUUGAAUCUUUCAUUCUGUGGACCAGCGAGGGCCCUACAUGUACCAUCUCUUGCCUACCGAGGGCUAGAUCGAGCUGUGCAGUCAUUCUCAAUAUCCAAAGGCUAUGGAAUAAUGCCCAUCAAGAAAGCUUACAGGAGGAAUCAGGAACCGAGGCUUUGACGAACUCUGACCUUCCCUUUUCAUGCGAUGACCUGAGCCAGCUAUUGGCAGAGGUCAAAAAGGAUUCAUCAUUGUUACAGUCCUCACAUAGCGGCAGAGGCAGUCAAUUAACAGUUGCCAGCCAAUCUUGGGGUACACCUUCAGUUGGUCCUGGACCAGACCCUCCAGAUCCUGGUCCCUCAGGGCCAUCAUCCGACUGCAACUCUCUUGCCAGCCAAUCUCAGCGUAGUCCUUCAGUUGGCCCUGUGACCAGUGGUCCAGACCCAGACCCUCCAGAUCCUGGUCCUUCAGAGAGAUCAUCUUUCUCUAACCAUCCUCCAGAAAAAGCCAUUGAUAACCCAGAUGGAAGAAGGGAACAAGAUGAGGGCAGUACCUCUGAAGGAGGAGAGAAAGAAGACAGCUUGAAAUGGAGACACGUCCACCAGCUUGCGAGCUGGGUCUUUGAGAUCAAUCUUCCCUCCUCCGUUGCCCCCGGUGAUACGAGAGAAGACAGGAUGGAAGAGGUGGUGAGGUGGGUCACAGGAUGCGUGGAGAAACUUCCAGAUAGACAUAGUGAAGAUGAGGAGAGUAGCUGUGAGAAGGAUGGAAUGCAAGGUCAAAGGUCACAGGACUUGGGCGCCAAACAGGCCUCCCCGGCUCCAAGAUCCCCCUUCAGCAGGCGGAAGUCCAGGAGGGGUAAGAGGCAGUCGCCCCUCGUCAAGAAGCCUGAGGUGCUGAGAGGACCGAGCCUGGCAAGCCAUGGGCAGGAACGAGAGGAGAAACUGAUGCAUGAGAAGAUCACUAAACUACUUCCUACCACCAUGCUAGUGACUUUAUCACCAGAUGAUAUAGAGCCACUUCCUGAAGAAUACGAUCUUGAUGAUGAUGAUGACUACGAUGACAUUCCUCAUUCCAGUGACUUGAACAAUAAUCUACAUUUGAGAGAAUGGGAUGGCGAAUACCUUGAGGAAGUGCAACCAUCAUCAUCAUCAGUCACCAAAGAUAAACAGCCGACCCCCAGCUCUGUAAAUCGCAGGAAACGCGUUGAUGACCCCCUACAUUCAGGUCCUGCAAAGACAUCAUCCAGAGGGCUGUUCGCUGAGCAAUUACAUCCUCCAGGAACUGAACAGUCCUUGCAGAAUGUUCUUGAGGAAAUUGAUGAACUGUUUGACAAUCAUUCCGAGAAGUUACUCAGAGAUGCUAUAGAUGCGGUGGACACUCCGUUUAAGACAUACCACUCACAUCAAGCUCAAUCUGCCAGAGGAAGUGCUUCGGAACUUGGUACAGAUGGUGACGGUAGCCAUGAUGCAGCUCCAGAAGCAAAUCACCUUAAGGGGCAGUCGCAAUAUACAGAAGGUGACAGCAUCAUGAUAGAUGACCAAUCUAGUCAGUUGAGUCAAGAUGAUGAUGAAACUCAAAUACCUCCCUCGUUUCGCCCAUCUCGCCAGUCUCCCCCAGCAACCGCCCCCAGCCUAUCGGUGAAGAAGAGGUUAUUGAUGCCAUCAACAUCAUCAGCAACCCUAUCUGACUCCAGUCAGAGUGACUUCAUGAUAAAUGUGUCUGGGGACAGUGAUUUCACCAUACUGAAGUGCAGUAUUGAUGACCGUAUGAAGAAAGAACACACAACCGAUGGCACCGGUGAUCAUGAGGAACAUUCUGAUAUUGGUUCUGGCAGCGAUUCUGAUAUCUUCAGCCCAGUAGAUACUUCACAUCCAGUAGAAACAUCAGGUGGGACAACAGAAGUGGCAGAGAGCAGUGAUAAUGUUCCUGUAUUACCAAACACAUCCUUGAGUGAUGGCUGUGACAUAGUGUUGAAAGCAGAACAUGUCAUCAAGCGCGAGCCUGACCAAGUAACAUGUGGUACACUAACUGGAACAACAUAUUCCACGACUUCCGAUGUUGUAAGCAACAGUAAAGGCAGACGUGUCGCUCCUGGAAAUGAGAAAGCUUCACCUCGAGUUACAGAGUUGUCCAGAAAACGAAAGCAAAUGAUUGUUUGUGAUGACGGUGAUAGAAGGGGUAGCAGUGAAAAACGGAUCAGGUUUGCAGAUCCAGACCAAAGUAGUAUAUGCCUCGAUGGAAGUUUGGAAAUAGCCAGUGUCUCAUUUAAAGACAGCCAUAGAGUCUGGACAUCUACGCAAAAGGAUGGGCAGGAGGCUGGAGUACAGGAAACAAUUUUUGUAUCAAGUAGCGAGGAAGAAAGCAGCCAAAAGGAAUCUGCUGAGAAACAAACGUCAAGUGCUCAUUCUUCAGGGUUGUGCUUGUCUGGGUGGAUCAGCAAGCGGGAUAUGGUGCGAACCAAACAUACAACAGUACCUGGUGUUGAGGUCAUCCAAGAAGGUGAAUCUGAGGAGACUGAAGUUACAAAUUCACAUGAUAUCAAUGCAAGAAGUUGUAGGAAGCAGAACAACUGUGAGGAACUCUCUCCCAUUGUUCUGUCAUCAGGUGGCCAAAGUGUAGACAUCCAUUCAGUGGAUACACAGGAGACCAGUGUAUCUGUCAAGGAGACUGUCCAUAGCCUGCUCAGCUCUGAAGGAAGUGCAAAGGAUAGCAACAAAACAGCGGAGUUUAGCGUCACCCCUGUUCUGUUCAGCAGCGGUGAGUCAACAAAGGCUGCUACUCCCAAUGGCACAAAGCAGCAGGACCAGACAGCCUCUGAUAAGACUGUCCUGGUGACAGGUUCUGGAGAUGUAAGAGAAGGUGAACAUGGUGCAUUUUUUGGUGCCACCCAGGAUUCUCACAAUCUGGAUGAAGUGGAACUAAUGAGCAUUGAAACACCAGAAGACUCCCUUUCAUUCAACCCAGAGAAAGUCCUGUUCAGCAGCGGUGAGGAGCAGAACCAGACACCCUCUGAUAAGACUCUCCCGGUGACAGUAAGAGAAAGUGAACAUGGUACAUUUUGUGGUGUCACCCAGGAUUCACACAAUCUGGAUGAUGAAGAGGAACCAAUGAGCAUUGAUACACCAGACUCUCUUUCAUUUAACCCAGAGAAUACUGCUCUUUCAAUGUCAUCAGCAGGAGUAGCAAAAGAUGUUAACUCACCGGAGGACAAGUUUACGAAGAUCAUUAGUGUUUCAUUAUCCAGUUCAGGCAGAUUCUUUGUUAAGGAGACCCAACCUGAGUCAAGUUCUGUUUCCACUCCAAGGUCAUCUAAUCGCCAUUCCAGUAAGUCACCGACGCCUCCUGGAAAGUUAGUAUUUGUUGAAGGUGGGGACUUGGUGCAAAUAAUUUCUGGAGAGGAACUAGACAUUAGCACGUCUAAUCCACCUUUUAAAUUUAACACAGAGAAUUCUCCUAAUGAGCAGAAGACCAGUCGUCAAGAGAGGAAUACACAGGGUUUGUCUUCUGCAGAGCAUCCAAAGAUAUCCAAGACCCUGAUCGAAGAGCCAAAGCCUCGAGUCACCCAGUCAGUCCUGUCAUCCAAAAUUUACAUGGGAUCAAUGAAAGUGAGACAAAUGACUCUAAAUAGGAAACAGAAACCAUCUGCAACUCAGACGAGGCCUUCGAGUAAGUCAAAGAAUGUGUUACCUGAGAAACAAGGUGCUAAUGCACAGAACACACUGAAUUCGUGCUUGUUAUCUGGACAGAAUUCAAGAAAGAGCAAGUCAGAUGUUGAGAGAAGGACCGCAAUAGACACCUCGAUGGAUGCAGCCAUUACCAGUGAUGAUUCAUCAAGUGACAUCGGGUUUACUUCCUUGGGAAAAUCUCCAACAUCUGGUAAAAGAUCAAGCUCAAAGAACAGAACUGCUGAUCAGGCUGAUGAUCUUAAAGACAGACCAGAUGGCUCUUCUACUGCUUCUCUAUCUAGACCAAGUAGGAGUGAACGUGCAACCAAAGACAAAAGGAGCUCCGAUCGUAAAAGGAAGAAACGGGAUCGGCACAGUAUCGGUAAUCUAGACAUCGAGCAAAACCUGCUAUCUCCUGUAUUUUCCCUUCCAAGUCCAGACGAAGAUGAGAGCCUGUCAUCUUCAUUAACCGAGAGCAUAUUGAAUGGCACCCAUCUUCCUAGUGAUGAUUCCGCUUCUAGUACAGGAGAAGAAGCUCUUCUUGACUGGUGUGCCAUGUACCUCCUGGAAUCAUCAAAAAGGUAGAUGGGUAUACCAGGAGCCUUGCAUCAUGAAACCAUUCCAUUCUUAUCUUUGCUGAUUCCAGCGAUGAUUCUGCCUACGCUACCAGAGAAAAAGAUAUUCGAGAUUGGUUAACCAUGUGUCUCGUGGAAUCCUCCGUAACGUAGAUGGAAGUACCAGGGGGUGUUUCACAAAGAUCCUAAGUUGACCUUAUCUCUAA